GAUUUUGAAGCAGAGGCUGUUUUUGAUCAGGAAUUUAUCAAGGUUAAACUAUCUGAAUACAUUGGAAAGAAAUAUGUCAUCCUCUUUUUCUACCCAUUGGACUUCACUUUUGUUUGUCCUACAGAAAUAACUGCUUUCAGUGACCGGCAUGGAGAAUUUGAGGAACUAAAUACAGAGAUAUUGGGUGUUUCAGUUGACAGUGUGUUCUCGCACCUUGCUUGGGUUCAAACAGAUAGAAAGUCUGGAGGGCUUGGGGAUUUGAAGUAUCCUUUGAUUUCAGACGUAACCAAAUCCAUAUCAAAAUCUUAUGGUGUUCUCAUUCCUGAUCAGGGGAUUGCAUUGAGAGGCCUGUUCAUUAUUGACAAGGAAGGUGUUAUCCAGCAUUCUACCAUUAACAACCUAGCAAUCGGUAGAAGUGUUGAUGAGACAAAGAGAACACUGCAGGCCUUACAGUAUGUGCAGGAGAACCCAGAUGAAGUUUGCCCUGCUGGGUGGAAACCUGGUGAGAAGUCCAUGAAACCAGACCCUAAACUUAGCAAAGAGUACUUUAUUGCUCCUCUAUAUAAAUCAGUGGGGUUUAAAAGGAUUUUUUUAUUGUGUAAUGUGAGAAUGCUUUUAAAUUUUGAGCGCAGGUUUUCUCAUAAAUUCAUACCUGGAUUUGGAUUUACUAUGUAUUAUGUAUUAAUUAAUUUUACACUUCCUUCGGAUUA